CUUCCCCGCCUCGGCCCCGAAGCGGCCGGAUGGGCGGCGAGUCGGACACCAUGGCUCGAGCCGCGACGGCAGCGGCGGCGGCGGCCGGAGGCGGCGGCGCCACCUCCUCCUGCUGCUCGCCCCGGCGGUGAUCGGAGCGAGCGGCCGCGGUUCCCCCCCGCCCCACCCCUCGAUGAGACUGCUGGCAUCCUGGCUGUGCCUGAGCCUGGCGUCGGUGUGGCUGGCGCGGAGGAUGUGGACGCUGCGGAGCCCGCUCAGCCGCUCCCUCUACGUGAACAUGACGAGCGGCCCCGGCGGGCCGGCGGCGGUGGGCGGCCGGAAGGAGACGCACCAGUGGUAUGUGUGUAACAGAGAGAAGUUAUGCGAGUCACUUCAGGCCGUCUUUGUUCAGAGUUACCUCGAUCAAGGGACACAGAUCUUCCUAAACAACAGCAUUGAGAAAUCCGGCUGGCUGUUCAUCCAGUUAUAUCACUCUUUUGUGUCAUCUGUUUUUAGCCUGUUUAUGUCUAGAACGUCUAUCAAUGGGUUGCUAGGAAGAGGCUCAAUGUUUGUGUUUUCACCAGAUCAGUUCCAGAGACUACUUAAAAUUAAUCCGGAUUGGAAAACCCACAGACUGCUUGACUUAGGUGCUGGUGAUGGAGAAGUCACAAAAAUAAUGAGUCCUCAUUUUGAAGAAAUCUAUGCCACCGAGCUUUCAGAAACCAUGAUCUGGCAGCUGCAGAAGAAGAAGUACAGAGUGCUUGGUAUAAAUGAAUGGCAGAAUACAGGCUUCCAGUAUGACGUCAUCAGCUGCUUGAAUUUGCUGGACCGCUGCGAUCAGCCCCUGACUCUGUUAAAAGAUAUCCGAAGUGUCUUGGAGCCAACUAGAGGCAGGGUCAUCCUAGCUCUGGUUCUGCCCUUUCAUCCUUACGUGGAGAACGUAGGUGGCAAGUGGGAGAAGCCAUCAGAAAUUUUGGAAAUCAAGGGACAGAAUUGGGAAGAACAAGUGAACAGCUUGCCAGAGGUGUUCAGAAAAGCUGGCUUUGUCAUCGAAGCGUUCACCAGACUGCCCUACCUGUGCGAGGGCGACAUGUACAAUGACUACUACGUCCUGGACGACGCCGUCUUCGUCCUGAAGCCCGUGUGACCCCGCGGGCGCCCAGCCCUGCAGUGUGCACGCCCAGAACCUGCCCUCCGGAAGAGGGGCUGCGCGCAACCGGAAGCCCCCGGAGGACCGUCGGUGCUGCCGUUCUCAAUACCAUGUAGGAAUUUUAAAAGCCAAAAUACUAAUUAUUUCUUUGUAGUGUGUAAAAGAAACGUUUUUUUUUUAAAAAACAAAACCAACAAAACUCAACUCUUUGUGGAUUUUUAUCAGCUCUCUACUCAACUAGGGCCACCAUCCAAUGCAGGCCACACUCCAAUGAUGAUGGAAAAUAUUUUUUUAUACGGAAUUGCUGUAGGGACUCAUUCCCAGCAGAAGCAAUAGUCACUACUUCAUGGAGCCAAUAGAUGGAUCGUUUUUAAUAAAAGGAAGACUGGCAAUAAAGCUGUCCAUUCAGUUCCAAAUGCUGGUUAUAAGGUAUAGCCACUGAGAAUAACUCUUUCAUGUUUAGAAACUCUUUCUGUUAUUAUUCAAGAAAAUGUUUUUAAUCAUGCUAAUAAACUUUUUUGG